AUGGAGCACGUACCAAAGAAGUCAUUUGGACAUUUCUUUAAAAGAAAAACUACAACUGUAGAUGGAAGCAAACCACAGGUCUCCGGAACUGCUAACCGACUGCGGAAGCUGCUGCACAAAGGCAAGAUACAGCAGCAGAUGGUGCCGGCUGAAUCUCAGUAUAGAAUUCCGGGCUAUUUUAGGGAUAAUCGAAGCGUGCGAGUCAAAACCCCUAUGUGCAACAACUCACCGUUAGCGGCGCCAUCCACGCUUCAUAUCAAUGAAAGAUACGUUCGCUAUGACAUCAACACUAGGCCCUUAAUUGUUGUGCUUGCGAUCUCAAUUGUAUUUUUCGGCUGUCUCCUGGUGCUUAAGGACAUCAUCAUUCAAUCAUCGGAAAACAUCCUAAGUGUUUCCAAAUGGAAAAUUAUAGGGGCGUCUUUCAUGGGCACACCAUACACAGGUCUUCUCACGGGACUAAUUGGCACUGCAUUUUCACCAUUUUCUGCUGUUUCGUCGUGGCUUUCGUUCAUCUUUUGA